UUAUCAAUAUUUAAGUAUCACAUUGGAUUUUUUUUAAGACAAGUGUUUUGUAAUACAAGAUUUUUUGUAAGACAAGUGUUGUGAUGUCAUGUAGUCAGUGAAGUGUCAUCUUCGAGUGUCGAUUUUAUCUGUAUCUAGAUGGAUUUGCGUGUGGUUAUUUACACAAUAAUAAUUUUGCAUAUUGCGAAAUAUUGUAAGCGUUAAAUGUAUUUAGUUCAGUAGUGCCGUGUUACUUGAGAUUAUAUAUUGUGAAGAAAUACCAUGUGGUUCGAAGGGCUUGUUGUGUGCGCAUGCACGGUGAUAGUCACAGCGGAUCAACCAUGGCGUAUAGUCAGCACAGAUCAAGGCCCCGUCAAAGGUUAUAAAUCACCUGAGGGCCAUUUCGUAUUUUACGGGAUACCAUACGCUACAACACCCAUCGGCCCUAAUAAGUUUAAGCCACCACUACCACCUCCAAGUUGGGAAGAACCAUUCGAAGCAGUUCAGAAGUUUGUAAUAUGCCCUCAAAACAUCCGCGAUAGGGAUACCGAGAAUUUAACAUUGAAUCCUCAAGAAGAUUGUCUCAUUACCAACAUUUAUGUGCCUGACACUGAAGAAACGAAACUUCCAGUUGUCGUUUAUUUCCAUGGUGGAGCAUACCAAUACGGUUAUGGUAAUAUGAGAACAGCCAUAAAUCUAUUAAAUACAAAAAAACUAAUUGUAGUGAAUUUUAAUUAUCGCCUCGGCGCUCAUGGAUUACUUUGUCUCGGAACCGAAGAUGUACCUGGUAAUGCUGGUAUGAAGGACCAAAUAGCAAUGUUAAGAUGGGUACAAAGGAAUAUUGCAAGCUUUGGUGGAAAUCCAAAUGAUGUUACACUCGAUGGAUGGAGCGCGGGAUCUUCAUCUGUUGAUCUUAUCAUGAUCUCUAAACUUGGAAGAGGAUUAUUCCAUAAAGUGAUUCCAGAAAGUGGUCCUAAUGCUGCCUCAUUUAGUGUACAGGUCGACCCAAUUGCUAAUGCAAAAAUGGUCGCAAGGAAACUAAACUUUGACGAUGUUGAUAAUAUAACUGCUUUAGAAGAUUUUUAUAAAAAUAUACCAUUUGAAACGCUAUACUCUGUUGUAGUUAGUAAUCAACCUAAUUCUGCCACAGUAUUUGCUCCAUGUAUUGAACGUUAUUUAGGUCAGGAAAUGUUCCUGGACGAUUAUCCAGCAAAUAUAUUAAAAAGUGGUAACUAUCCUAAGGUACCGAUGCUUUAUGGAAUCUCUGAAAAGGAAGGUAUGUAUCGGUUAUCGAAUUUCAAUAGUUGGAAGAAUAUGAUGAAUAAUAACUUUACUGAUUUUCUUCCGGAGGAUUUGAUUUUUGAAAGAAAUGAAGAAGAGAAACACGUUAUAGAAAAAAUUAAGCAAUUUUACUUUAACGGUGAGCCGGUAAGCGAACAAAAUGUUUUAAAGUUUGUUCAAUAUUUUACUGACGUGAUGUUUGCUUAUGGAGCAUCAAAAGCUGUUAAGCUACACGUAGAAGCUGGACAUAAUCAAAUAUACUUGUACGAAUAUGGAUAUGCUGAUGAAAAUAGCGAUUAUAUUGUACACACAAAUACACGCGGUGCGACACACUGUGCACAAACGACUGCAGUGAUGGAUUUAAAGAAUGAGACCAUGCUUUCCGAUGCAUACAAACAAGUGAAGGUGCUCGUAAGAGACUUAUGGCUAAAUUUCAUUACGACUGGAAAACCUGUUCCAGAAGGUUCUCCACAUAUACCAUGGCCUCCUGUAGGUCAAAAUAGAUCUCCAUAUAUGUUCAUAGAUAGAGAACUAACAUUGAAAAAGCAUUUCAUUCAAGAUCGUGCUACAUUCUGGGAUGAAAUCUAUGAAAAAUACUACAGGAUACCUAUUCCACCAUUCCCAUAUUAAUGAUAUAAUGCCAUAGUAACGUUACUUGGUUUGUUAUUUUUUAUAAUAUAAAGUAUUUCAAUAAGUUUUUCACCAUUUUUUUAUCAAAAGCUUAACAACGAUACAUAGGAUAACUAAAAAUAAUAUUUUAA